AUGGACCUGGGGUACUUUGCCCUCGCCUUUCCGCCGGGGCUGUGCCGCGGGGCCCCGUGCCCGCAGCGAGGGGACGACGCCUCCCUGGGGCUGGGCACCACGGCCAGCGCCGCGCCCCCCCUGCAGGCGGCGGGGUACGCGGCCGCCCCCGCGGCGGCGCCGGGCCCCGGCUGCCGGCCGUCCCGCGGAGCCGGACCGCCGGGAUACCCCACGACCAUCCUUCCCGAGAGCGGCCGCUCGCCGCCGCAGGACUCCGCCCGCCCCUGCCUCGGCGGGGGGCUGCGGGGCAUCUCGCCCUGCCCCUGGACCGCCCCCGCCCCCGGCUCCCCGGCCCCCGCGGCGGCCCCGGGGGUGCCCCGCACCUUCGAGUGGAUGCGAACGAAGCGGAGCCCGCCCAGGAGAAGCGGCGCGGCGCCGUGCGGGGGGGAACCUCCCGCCUGCCCCGCACGCACCAGCUUCAGCACCCGGCAGCUCACGGAGCUGGAGAAGGAGUUUCACUUCAGCCGGUACCUGUCGCGGGCCCGCCGCCUCGAGGUGGCCCGCUCGCUGCGCCUCCGCGACGCCCAGGUGAAGGUCUGGUUCCAGAACCGCCGCAUGAAGCAGAAGAAGCGGGAGCGGGAGGCGCGGGCCGCCCCCGCCGCUGCCCCGGGUGGCCCUGCCUGA